AUGAAGGAAGGAGGUUAUUCUAUAUUUCAUCAAGAAUACAUUAUAAUGGCGGAAUAUCGUAUGCUGCAAACAGAAAAUUUACCGGGAAUUUAUGUCAUACCAUCUCAUGAAAACUCGUUUUUAUGGUAUGGUGUAAUAUUUGUUCGAUCUGGUACAUAUGGAGGAGGAGUAUUUAGGUUCACUCUAUCAAUACCGGAAAAAUUUCCAGACGACACUGUUCCAAAAAUAACUUUUACAUCCCAAAUGUUUCAUCCAGCUAUAGAUACAACAACAGGAAUUCUAAGUCUUAGUGAAGUAUUUCCACAGUGGGACAGGAAACAAAAUCAUAUUUGGCAAAUAUUGAAAUAUCUACAUUGGAUUUUUAAUAAUUUAAAUAUUAAAGCACCUGCUGAUAAUGAAGCAUCGACACUAUUUAAAACAAACAGAAAGUUAUUUAUGGAAAAAGUUAAAGAAAGUAUAGCAUCAAGUAUAGAGCAUAUAUAUGAUGAACCACCAACAGAAGAUAAACAUUAUAUUACAUUUAAACCUUACGACCCUAACAUUCAUGAACCAGCCAAGAAUGUUAUGUUAAAGACACCAGAUGGGAAAGAAAGUUCACAUGGUAUAUCAUGGGUGCAGUCUGGUACCUAUCAAUCCUUUUCAAAAGGAGAUGCCUCA